AAUCAGGAGGCUGCUAGCCGUGGUGGGCGGAGGUUAGGUGGCACUGUGAAGUUUGUGUGACCUGCUACACGCUGCACAUGGUCAGGAUGAGGCCUGCUGCACACAGGUCAUGCUAGAUGGAAGCUGCAGCUGAUCUCAUAAGGAAGUGGAAUUUCAGUGUGAUUCUGUUUCCCGGCUGAUAAACGGAUGGCACAGAUUUCUGGUAAAUGUGGCUUUACUGUUGUCUGAUGUGAUGGCGCUCUCCAGUGAGCAGAGGGUCCUCCUGGGAUUUAAAGAUGCAGCUUUAGAAGAUAAAUCUUCCUCCUGGGAUGUCAGCAAGAUAGGUGGGCUGCCGGACCCACCGCCGCAUGUGACGCUCUCCUUCCCUGCUUGUCCUCUGUGCUCCGCUCCCCUGUGUCAUGUUGUACAGGUAUACUGCCCCCUGGAGGGCUCGCUCUUCCACCGUGUCAUCCAUGUAUUUGCAUGCAGAAGGAAGUCCUGCUGGGGGAAACCUGAAAGUUGGGUGGCAUUCCGAUCCCAAAGCCUUGAAGGACAUCAGCCACAAGUCGCAGAGGUCCCAUCACAGCAGGAAAACAAGAUGGUCACUACAGACUGGUGUGACGAGGCUGAUAACUGGGGAAUGGAUGACAAUGAUGCAGAAUCUCUGAUGGCACCGGCAGUAUCACAUGGAACAAGCGACCCCACAGAAAGCCUAUGCACAGACUGGACAUCUCAGCUCCAGAACCUUUCACUCUCUGAUGCGUCUCAGACGGUACAGUCUAGUGACUCUAGUGACAUCUUUCGGUCUUAUUAUAUGGCAGUGGCAGAAGAGGAAGAGUGUGAAUGGGACGCAGAUCUGCAUCAUGCCCGUCGGCUACUACAGGAAUAUGAGAAAAAAGAGGCAUCCUUCGUGGAGGAUUCGGAGAGCUGUGACGUGAAAGGAGUGGGUGAGAAAUAUGAGAAGAGUGACCUGGAGAGUCGAGACCUCAUGUUCUACAAGUUCCUGAAGAAGAUCGCUCCUUGCCAGCAACAAAUUCUCAGAUACUCUUGGAAUGGCCAACCUUUAUGUAUAAGCCCCUUGGAUGCCACAUCCCAGCCUCCGCCAUGUCCACGAUGUGGGGGCAGAAGAGUAUACGAGUUCCAGUUAAUGCCAGCUCUUGUAACAAUGCUACAGGGAGCUAAAACUGACUUACUGUUGGAGUUUGGGACAGUUCUCAUUUUCACCUGUGAGAGGAGCUGUUGGGAAGCAAGUGAUAGGACACCAGUACACGAAUUCUGCAUCGUGCAGGAGGAUCCAGACCAGAAAUAUUUUAACUAGUGUACAGGAUAGAAAGAAAAAACUGACUAUACGAACAAAUUGCCAACCUAUUUAUUUGGGAAUUGUACAAAAAACUCUACCUUCAAGUAAUAUAUUUAUUUUUCAAAGCAAAGUGUAAAUUCCACCAAUGUCAUCCUAUGGAAUUCUGUGACAAAAUAUAAAUUGUCUUUAUUACACCCAAACAAGGCUACAGUGGAAUUUCAUC